UGGGGAAGAAGAAGAAGCAGCAGCACAUUCUCAAUUAAAAGGCGCACUACUGAGAGUUUGGGGUUUGACGAAUUCGGGUUUGCCCAUACUAAAGGAAAGGACCAAAAACUUCAACACCGAUGUCACCAUUACAGGUAGGCUUAUUUACAUUCAAUUCAAUUUCAUUAAUGACAAUCAAGGUUUUAAAGAUUGGAUUCAGGUUUAUCAACUUUUUUUAGCCUGUUUUUGUUGGACAGGACGAGACUUAGCCCUUAAACACGACCCUCAGUUCCAUUACACAAGUAAUUGUGCAAAGGCGUAUUCUGUAGGGGGAGUUUUGUUAAGAUCCCCGAUGCUCGGUCUGAACAUUGACCUGCAUCACUUGCAGUACGGUUUAGGAAACAUAACAACCUUAUCUUUCAUAGCGAUAAAUAAUUUUCAAAAACCAAUAGUUUUAUAUUGAUACACACCUUGAUAGGGUUAGCGUUACAGCACUUGUUUACGGAAAAUAGACAGAGGCGACCACCUGUGCUAAUUAGCUCUCUAGUAUGCUCCGAACACCUGUGUGUAACUCGGAAAGUGUAGUUUCGUAGGAUGGAGGCACUACAGUAAGAGCCAAAUCGUGCUUGAUCUGAAAAUGUGGUUGGAGGCGCGAUAUGGAUGGUGUGACGCAAUUGCGAAGCCUCCCAACCGAGGCCAAAUUGAUUUCUACCGCAUCGCCGUGCUCCUCUCAAAUUUUGUAACAAUGUGGAGGGCUCCGUAUAGCGGUAGGUGACCGCGGGAGGUCCUGUGUAAACAAACUCACUUUCUUGACAACUUCCUUCACAGCAGCUCUGCGAAGCGCAAGAAGUAUAAAUCCCUGACUUCUGCAGAGGUCAUGUCACGUAAAUGCUGCACGGCCAAUGCAGACGUCAGAAUGACCAUGUUACGCCUUUAAGUGUAUAUUUUUAUUUAUUUGAAGGAUUCUUUCUCGCUGAUGUAAGAUAAGGGCCAUAUGUAUCGAACGCGGUUUUUAUUGACGUUUCUAAUCGUUAAAACACAGCAUCGGUAUUGUAGUUCACAUGAAGCAGUCGUGGGCGAAGCUAAUGGCUGAGAACUGUAAAGAGAAGGCAACCUCUGCCGAGAGUUUUCAAUAGCUAGACUGGAUUGGACAUGCGCAUUCAAAUAAGAUAAUUGAUUGUUUGACCUAACUGACUGUUAGGCUAAAUUAUGUUUCUCCCCCAGUUACCCCCAACUCAACGCCCGUAGGGUGAAGGAAUUGUGUGAGCUUCUUAGUUACUGGAAUGGAUCCAGUUUCAUCUGCAGAAGCCAGGUAUUUCGUCCUACUGAACGUAUUAUAGAACACCAUUUGCAACAUAUUAAAUUAGUACGCUAUGGUUAGACCUUCCUUAGGCGGUUGUUUGCCAAACAGCCUAUGCAUUAUUGACUUGUUUAAAUGGUACACCUUCAAGCAGUCACAUGACACAGUGAAAGUUUAACUGAAAUGUUCCAUGUCUAGUGUAAGAUAACCACACUAUUUUUAAACAUGAUUUGUAGAACAUUGGCCACAUUUCUUAACCUUUUCAGAUUGAAAGAUUUAUGAGAAUGGGAAUCCCUCCAGCUUUAAGAGGGCGAGUGUGGAAGUGCCUUCUCAACAUCGACAAACUAAGAGAAUCCAGUGCUUUUAAUUAUCAGGUGCAGUCCCAUAACCACUGUACCUAUCAUUUUCAAAAGUACACUCUAUACCUGCGCUUUCAUUAUUAAAAAGCUAAAUGUUUUUCCUCCUGUGUUUCCAUAGCCUACUUCUACAGUGACACAUUUAAUCGACAUAGGCCAAUUGUUUUAUUUGUUGUGUAUUCAUUCAAUGACAGAAAUGUUUGGAUGAGAUCCGAGGGCCCCUUGUUGACCUGGGAGUUAGUGAAUACGGCAUCAUCUCGGCCAUAGCUACUUUGAAUGACACAGAGAAUGACCUGGGGUCCAACCGACUUCCUUCCCACUGUCCCCCGGACUUGGCCUACUCCAGUGCAGAUGUCACCAUCUUUCGUCAGAUCGCUCUGGAUCUGCGUGAGUUAUGGGAUAUUCUAUAGACCCCCUUUUCUCUGUACUUACAGUACAUUUUCUCUGCACAUCUUGGAUACGAAUGGCUGAUUGCAUUUGACUCUUAACUUACUUUGUACAGAGAGAUCCUUCCCAACUCAUCGCACGCUGAUGGGCGAGAGUCCUGAGGCAAUUGAAGGCCAAGCAAAGCUCUUCCGAGUCCUCAUCGCCUACGCAAAGUACAACCCUAAGAUUGGGUAUAGCCAAGGUACAGUAAGGGGAGCUGACUGUUUGCAAUCACGUACCGGUAUGCACGCAAGCACACAUUUGGAACGAUACUCUUUAAAUAUUGCUGGGGCUGUUUGACAGAGCCACAGAUACAUGUAUGCAGUAACUGUAGUUUUGUCAUUAAAUUAGUUUCCAAUAUUAAUAUUUCUUAUUAAUGUGCUUUCGUGACAUCCAAAAACAAUUAACCUACCAUGCAGCUGGUAGUAACAUGUUUUAAGUUUCAUACUUCAGCCACAUGGAGGCAGCAGAGUUUAAGUAGACGCUGAGCCGGUACAGCACCAUGCUGCCAAGCAAAUCACACAAACAUUUCCAAUAUUACGUGACGUGUUAAAAAAAAUUAUCUGCAUGGUUGACAUUGGUUCCCCCCUAUUUCAGCCAUAUUAGUAGCGCCUCAUUAUUGACUGUCCUUAUCUUUAUCAGGAAUGUCAUACAUUGCUGCAGUGCUUCUUAUGAACCUAAGCGAAGAGGAGGCCUUCUGGGCUCUGGGAGUUCUUCUAGAGAAGCCUAAAUAUCUGUCAGAGCUGUUUGACCUCUCCGGGGAGAAGUGAGAAUGUUGUUUCAAUGCAUAUCACAUUAUGAAGCUUUUAUUAAUUACAGUGGGGGGAAAAAGUAUUUAGUCAGCCACCAAUUGUGCAAGUUCUCCCACUUAAAAAGAUGAGAGGCCUGUAAUUUUCAUCAUAGGUACACGUCAACUAUGACAGACAAAUUGAGAUUUUUUUUCUCCAGAAAAUCACAUUGUAGGAUUUUUAAUGAAUUUAUUUGCAAAUUAUGGUGGAAAAUAAGUAUUUGGUCACCUACAAACAAGCAAGAUUUCUGGCUCUCACAGACCUGUAACUUCUUCUUUAAGAGGCUCCUCUGUCCUCCACUCGUUACCUGUAUUAAUGGCACCUGUUUGAACUUGUUAUCAGUAUAAAAGACACCUGUCCACAACCUCAAACAGUCACACUCCAAACUCCACUAUGGCCAAGACCAAAGAGCUGUCAAAGGACACCAGAAACAAAAUUGUAGACCUGCACCAGGCUGGGAAGACUGAAUCUGCAAUAGGUAAGCAGCUUGGUUUGAAGAAAUCAACUGUGGGAGCAAUUAUUAGGAAAUGGAAGACAUACAAGACCACUGAUAAUCUCCCUCGAUCUGGGGCUCCACGCAAGAUCUCACCCCGUGGGGUCAAAAUGAUCACAAGAACGGUGAGCAAAAAUCCCAGAACCACACGGGGGACCUAGUGAAUGACCUGCAGAGAGCUGGGACCAAAGUAACAAAGCCUACCAUCAGUAACACACUACGCCGCCAGGGACUCAAAUCCUGCAGUGCGAGACGUGUCCCCCUGCUUAAGCCAGUACAUGUCCAGGCCCGUCUGAAGUUUGCUAGAGUGCAUUUGGAUGAUCCAGAAGAGGAUUGGGAGAAUGUCAGAUGAAACCAAAAUAGAACUUUUUGGUAAGAACUCAACUCGUUGUGUUUGGAGGACAAAGAAUGCUGAGUUGCAUCCAAAGAACACCAUACCUACUGUGAAGCAUGGGGGUGGAAACAUCAUGCUUUGGGGCUGUUUUACUGCAAAGGGACCAGGACGACUGAUCCGUGUAAAGGAAAGAAUGAAUGGGGCCAUGUUUCGUGAGGUUUUGAGUGAAAACCUCCUUCCAUCAGCAAGGGCAUUGAAGAUGAAACGUGGCUGGGUCUUUGAGCAUGACAAUGAUCCCAAACACACCGCCCGGGCAACGAAGGAGUGGCUUCGUAAGAAGCAUUUCAAGGUCCUGGAGUGGCCUAGCCAGUCUCCAGAUCUCAACCCCAUAGAAAAUCUUUGGAGGGAGUUGAAAGUCUGUGUUGCCCAGCGACAGCCCCAAAACAUCACUGCUCUAGAGGAGAUCUGCAUGGAGGAAUGGGCCAAAAUACCAGCAACAGUGUGUGAAAACCUUGUGAAGACUUACAGAAAACGUUUGACCUGUGUCAUUGCCAACAAAGGGUAUAUAACAAAGUAUUGAGAAACUUUUGUUAUUGACCAAAUACUUAUUUUCCACCAUAAUUUGCAAAUAAAUUCAUAAAAAAUCCUACAAUGUGAUUUUCUGGAUUUUUUUUCUUCUCAUUUUGUCUGUCAUAGUUGACGUGUACCUAUGAUGAAAAUUACAGGCCUCUCAUCUUUUUAAGUGGGAGAACUUGCACAAUUGGUGGCUGACUAAAUACUUUUUUUCCCCACUGUACAUGAAGCUGCCUACUUGCUGAAGUACCGUAUUUAACUGGUCUUUGCUUUCUAAUGUCAGGAUCCAGCAUCAAGCGAUGGUGUUUCACCAGUUCCUCAAGCACAGGAAACCUCAGCUCUCCAAGCACAUAGUAAGUGUGAGGACCCAGCUCUGCAUACAACUUGUAGCUCUUAGGUACAAAUCUCAUAUUGAGAGGACUUCAAUAAAACUGUUAUUCAGGGAUCUCGGGAGGGGAAUCUGCUUGGUGACUGAACAUGCCUAAAAUGUAGGGCUCUUAUCACUCUUUCACUGUGCAUUCCUCUCUAAAAUCCCAUGGCUUUCCCACAGAGACCAUCACUGCAGCACAUUGUCCUCAGGGACUGGGUUUUACCACUAGAUCCACAGCUGCUUCCCAGUAACCGUCUGAGCUCAUAUACGGAAAGAGGGUUGGCAAUGGUAGUGUCACACAGCUUUAUCCUGGAAACUACAGUAGUGAAAGCUUUUGCUUCCAGAUGCCUCCUGCUCUAUAUCAGAAGGGGGAAGCUGUGUGGCCAUGAUGGUUCUGAAAGCAGCUACCUCUCAGCACAGUUUUUUGGGCUCAUCGCUCUGUCUCCCCACCCUCUCUACCUGCAGCCUUAGGCCCUGUUAAAUGUGGGACUAAACCUCUGCUCCUAGACUGUCUUUUGAGGGAUUUUCUAUUUCUCGGUGUUGACUCAGCACGUCUCAGAGAAAAGCUGCCCAUUCAGUGCCGGCGGCCUGCACACCACAGCGGCUUAAAUGCACUUGAGUGAAUGUUUCUAAUGCCUUAUUUGAAGUACAGAGUCCAGCAUUUUACCACUGACUCUUGAUAGAGUUCUGCUGAAAAAGUUUAUUUCAUUAUGUAACUGAAAGUCAAAGUUUUCAUUAUACAACUUUCUGUUGCUAAAUUCUCUUUUUUCUUUCCUUUUAGGAGGAUGUAAGGGUUUCACCCAUCCAUUUUGUUAUUCCUUGGUUCCUAACCCUGUUCACCUCCCUGCCCUGCUGGGACUCUGUGCUGGCCAUAUGGGACCUCAUCAUGUUGCAUGGUAAUACAUACAUGGAAGUGCAGACUGGGAUUCUGUAAACACUGUCAUGUACAUUAUUGUUAUUAUUUUUCACCCUACACUUGUGUUCACUUAUAUUUUCACUGUAUUAUUUCUCACUUAACAUUGUAUGUACAGUAUCUCUACUGGAUCAGAUCCUGUAGACUGGAGUGUGAACAGCCACACAGACAAGUAGGAAGCCAGUGUCUGAGAUAUGAUGCUAUUGGGCUUUUUCUACGUAGGAUGGCUGGAUGAGUAAAUGGAAAGGAAGGAAGUGAGUGAGCGUUGGGUUACUGAGGGCAGGAUGAAUGUGAAGUCAAGCAGGAGGGCAGUGUGUAGGAGUAUCUGUAGUGUGCAGUCUCUGAGGUGCUCCCAGGCAAGGCUCAGCACUCUGAGGGUUUCUCUACAUCCACCAUAAAUACUAACUGACACUAGAGGUUUAGUAGUAGUAUUUAUUGGGAUCUAAUAAAUACUUCUCUUCCUGGGGUCCAAACAGGAAAUAAAACAAAAUGCAAUAUAUAUAUAUAUAUAUAUAUCUCCUGCCUCUGCCUCACACUUCAGAAACGGGAGAUGGCUCCUGCCCUAUGAGCCGUUCCAGCUCACACAAGGCUCGUGCAAGGCCACCCACCUACAUAAUACAAUGCAAAUUACAAUACAACAUAUAUAAAAAUGGCUGUGUCUCUUCACAGUCCCUGUUGUGCCAUAAGGUGUUAUUUUAUCUGGUGUUUGACACCUCGCACAAAGUCCAAUAGCAAUCAAUCUCUCGUCAACUUUUAGCCAGGAGAGAUUGACAUGAAUGUUACUGACAUUUGCCCUCCGUGUACUUCAAAGUGCAAUACAUUUACAUUUACGUCAUUUAGCAGACGCUCUUAUCCAGAGCGACUUGCUCUAUUCUGGAACAACUGCAAUUUACCUAUGUCCCCCUUUGUCGCACGUGACCACACAACUGGGCUGUAGUCCAGAUGUGACAACUAGGACCUGUCUGGUCGACUGGUAUUUGAUUAGGAUCCCCAUUAGCUGUUGCAAAAGCAGCAGCUACUCUUCCUGGGGUCCACACAAAACAUGAAACAUCACAUAAUACAGAACAUUAAUAGACAAGAACAGCUCAAGGACAGAACUACGUACAUAAAAAAAAAAAGGCACACACAGCCUACAUAUCAAUACAUACACACAAACUAUCUAGGUCAAAUAGGGGAGAGGCGUUGUGCCGUGAGGUGUUGCUUUAUCUGUUUUUUGAAACCAGGUUUGCUGUUCAUUUGAGCAAUAUGAGAUGGAAUGGAGUUCCAUGCAAUAAUGUCUCUAUAUAAUACUGUACGCUUUCUUGAAUUUGUUCUGUAUUUGAGGACUGUGAAAAGACCCCAGGUGGCAUGAACAGACCUUUUCCCAUUUGAGCAACCAUUAAGUGUAUAUGUUUUGACCAUGACCGCUUGCUAUCUAGGGUUACACCCAGCAGUUUAGUCUCAUCAAAUUGCUCAAUCGCCACAUUUAUUCAAUAAUAGAUCUAAAUGCGUUUUAGUGUUGAGUGAGGGAUUUGUCCCAAAAACGAUGCUAUUAGUUUUUGCGAUUAUUUAGCUCCAGCCUAUUGCUUGUUACCAUUCUAAAACGGACUGGAGCUCUGUUAAGGGUGUCAAUUAUUAAUUUUACUUUCGUAGCCGACGUGUAUACUAUUGAGUCGUCAGCGUGCAUAGACACACAGGCUUUAUUCAAGGUCAGUGGAAGGUAGUUUAGUAAAAACUGAACAAUAAUGGCCCAAGCUGCCCUGUGGUACACCACACUCAACCCAAUUUGCAUUCAAGUAGCGCCCAUUAAAGAAAACCCUCUGUGUUCUAUAGAUGGGUAACUCUCAAUCCAUAAGGCAGAGGAUGCAAAUCCAUAACGUCUAAGUUUUCAGCAAUAGGUUAGGAUCAAUGAUGUCAAAAGCUGCACUGAAGUCUAACAAAACGGCUCCCACAAUCUUCUUACUAUCAAUUUCUUGAAGCCAAUCAUCAGUAAUGUAUGUCAGUGCCGAGCAUGUUCAGUCCCCUUCCCUAUAAGCAUGCUGAAGGUUUGUUAAUUUGUUUUCUGUAAAAUAACUUUUUAUUUGGUCAAGUCUAAGCACUGGUAACAGGCUGUUUGAACCAUUAAAGGGUGCUCUGCUAUUCUUGGGCAGCGGAAUUACCUUUCCUCGCUCCAGGCCUGAGGGCACAUGCUGUCUUCAAGGCUUAAAUUGAAGAUGUGGCAAACCGGAAUCGUGACGUAUUCCGCUACCAACUUAAGCAAUUUACCAUCCAGGUUGUCGGUACAAGGUGGCUUGUCCUUAAUUAUAGAUGGCACCAAUUUUUUCACCUCUUCCACAUUCACUUUGCAGAACUCAACUACAGCGAUUGUCUUUCAUUAUUUGGUCUGUUAUACAUGAAUAUGAAAGCUCAGCGUUUUGUUGUUUGCAUGUCAUGCCUAAAUUUGCUAAUCUUGUCAACAAAAAUUGAGUUUGAUUUGUUUGCCUUCUAAACACGCUCACAGGUCCUAGAGGUCCCUGCUUAUCUCACAAUCUAGUGUUUUAUUAUACUGACUGUUAUUGACUAAGUGGUCCCAGAUCUGGUUAUGCUGUUUUGCCAGCUAUAUUUCUGGUUACUUUGUGUCCAGGCCUCUCUGCUGUGUUCCGUACUGGUCUCACCAUCAUCCAGCUGCUGGAGUCUCGGCUAAUGAACCUGACUGACGAGGCUGCCGUGCUACCCAUGCUGCUAAGGGUACCUGUGGAUGUGUGAGUGUUAAAUCAUCCUUCCUCAUUCAAAAACAUAGAGACUUGGGCCCACGCAGUAGUUUUUAAAUCAUCAUAGGAACCUUUUAUAGACAUUUGCUUUUAGUGGACAGCCGUUUUGAAUUCUAGUUUUCAAUACAAGCAUCUCUUAAAUGGACUUGUCUCAUGAAUGCAAAUCAGUCAAUAUAGCGUCAGCAGUUAAACAUAUUUUGUUGACGUCUAGCGGUCCCUAUGGAAACAUGGCAAGGGUACUGGGUUUGUGUAUAUAACAGUGGCUGGGCAGUUCAUGAUGUGAAGCAUUUAUCAUAUUUGUUUUAAUAUCUUUACCAAAUCCUUUUAAUCGUUAUCUUGCCUGCCUCUCUUUUGAAUAAAUAUUUCUCUCUAGAAUGUUUACUUUGGCCGAAGAACUGUGGAUUAGCCUCUUGUUACUGUGGGAUAAACAGCACAUUGAGUGUCAUGAGCAUAUCCAGGCUUUUGUUUUAUUGGAUGGGGGAGUCGUUAUAGCAACGGUGCCUUGCAAACGUUUUGUUGGUGUCCUUGUAGGAUUUAGAUGGCAUUUUAGGGACCUAUUGGAUGUUUAUUGAUUUUGCCCAACUUGGGAUCAUUCUAGGUCUCGACUAGUAUAUUUAACUCGCCUUUCUAUUAGAAGCAUUACUUUACAAAGCAAUAUAAAAUUGAGAUAUUAUUUGAGAUUAGUUAUGAAAUAACUUUUCAGUUUCUUUGAGGAUGUUCCCAGCAAAACAAGUCAUUUAGUUGUCGUUUACAUUUGAAUAUUUAGCCUUUUGACGGUUGUCAGCAGGCACCGAGCCAUAUGCCACAUUGAAGGGCUCUUGUUUCUAGCCUGGCAUCUGUGUGCCAGCCCAGUGAGGUUAUGGCUAAGUGGUUUCUCUGUCUCGGGGCCAGGAUCCUCUUACGAAAGGAAGAAACAAGUUCCCUGAAACCACAGCCUUCCUGUUCAGUGAGAGCGAGUGGGGUAGGGGAAGCAGAAGGGUAUAGGGUCAGAAAGUAAUCCAUACAGAGGGAAUAGGCUAUGAGCAGUCAGCCGGUUAGAGGAUGUUUUUAUGUUGUAUCCUAUCACCCAGUUACCCCAUUGAGAAUAUUAUAUUUUCAAGAGACCUGAUUUAACCCUGGCUUUAACUCAAAAUCCUUGGCCAUGGCCAGGCUCUCCUAUCUGUUUUAAUACAGUGUUGAAGGUGGACAAGUGAAACGCCAAUAGACAAUCAUCUGAUGAAUGGUUUCUAUUGGUUUCUGCCCCAAAGUGGCUGCCAUCACUGCCCACCCCUUUCCCCCCUUAUCUCCAUUCAGGCCUAUUGACACGUCCCUCUGCCUGAGGAGUUGACAGUUCAUUUGUUUGAAACCUUUCACUGACAAGCCCACAUCAAUGCGGCCACUUUUUCACGGUGCUUAUGUAAGAGCCAGUGUGACGUGAAGCAUAGGGACAAGCUGUGUCCCAGCUCCAAGGGCUUUUUAACUGAAUGCUUUUAUAACCAUGAUAUACAGUGUUUGGAAAGUAUUCAGACCUCUUUUUCCACAUUUUGUUACGUUACAGCCUUAUUCUAAAAUGGAUUAAAUAAAACAUUCUACCCACAAUAUCCCAUAAUGACAAAGCGAAAACAGGUUUGUAAAAAUGUUAGCAAAUUUAUAACAAAUAAAUAAACUGAAAUACCUUAUUUACAUAAAUAUUCAUACCCUUUGCUAUAAGACUUGAAAUUUAGCUCAGGUGCAUCCUGUUUCCAUUGAUCAUCCUUGAUGUUCUUACAACUUGAUUGGAGUCCACCUGUGGUAAAUUCAAUUGAUUGGACAUGAUUUGGAAAGGCACACACCUGUCUAUAUAAGGUCCCACAGUUGACAGUGCAUGUCAGAGCAAAAACCAAGCCAUGAGGUCGAAGGAAUUGUCUGUAGAGCUCCGAGACAGGAUUGUGUCGAGGCACAGAUCUGGGGAAGGGUACUAAAAAAUGUCUGCAGCUUGAAGGUCCCCAAGAACACAGUGUCCUCCAUCAUUGUUAAAUGGAAGAAGUUUGGAACCACCAACUCUUCCUAGAGCUGGCCGCCCGGCCAAACUGAGCAAUCGGGGGAGAAGGGCCUUGGUCAGGGAGGUGACCAAGAUCCCGAUGGUCACUCUGACGAGCUCCAGAAUUCUUCUGUGGAGAUGGGAGAACCGUCCAGAAGGACAACCAUCUCUGCAGCACUCCACCAAUUAGGCCUUUAUGGUAGUGGCCAGAUGGAAGCCACUUCUCAGUAAAAGGCACAUGACAGCCCGCUUCGAGUUUGCCAAAAGGCACCUAAAGGAAUCUCAGACCAUGAGAAACAAGAUUCUCUGGUCUGAUGAAACCAAGAUUGAACUCUUUGGCCUGAAUGCCAAGUGUCACGUCUGGAGGAAACCUGGCACCAUCCCUACGGUGAAGCGUGGUGGCAGCAUCAUGCUGUCAGCGGCAGUGACUGGGAGACUAGUUAGGAUGGAGGGGAAAGAUGAAUGGAGCAAAGUAUAGAGAUCCUUGAUGAAAACCUGCUCCAAAGCGCUCAAGACCUCAGACUGGGGCAAAGGUUCAGAGGACAACGACCCUAAACACACAGCCAAGACAACGCAGGAGUGGCUUCAGGACAAGUCUCUGAAUGUCCUUGAGUGGCCCGGACUUGAACCCGAUCAAACAUCUCUGUAGAGCCCUGAAAAUAGCUGUGCAGCGACGCUCCCCAUCCAACCGGACAGAGCUUGAGAGGAUCUUCAGAGAAGAAUGGGAGAAACUCUCAAAGUACAGGUGUGCCAAGCUUGUGGUGUCAUACCCAAGAAGACUCGGCUGUAACCCUGACCUGUUCACCGGACGUGCUACCUUGUCCCAGACCUGCUGUUUUCAACUCUCUCUCUCUACCGCACAUGCUAUUUCAAACUCAAAAUGCCCGGCUAUGUAAAGCCAAGUGAAAUUUACUCCUGAUGUACUGACCUGUUGCAACCUCUACAACCACUGUGAUUAUUAUUUGACCCUGCUGGUCAUCUAUCAACGUUUGAACAUCUUGUAGAAAAAUCUGGCCUUAAUGGCCAUGUACUGUUAUAAUCUCCACCCGGCACAGCCAGAAGGGCCACCCCUGAGAGCCUGGUUCCUCUCUAGGUUUCUUCCUAGGUUUCUGCCUUUUCUAGGGAGUUUUUCCUAGCCACCAUGCUUCUACAUUUGCAUUGCUUGCUGUUUGGGGUUAUAGGCUGGGUUUCUGUAUAGCACUUUGUGACAUCUGCUGAUGUAAAAAGGGCUUUAUAAAUAAAAUUUGAUUUGAAUUGCUGUCAAAAGGUGCUUCAACAAAGUACUGUGUAAAGGGUCUGAAUACUUAUGUAAAUGUUAUAUUUCAGUUUUAUUUUUUUAUUUCAAAACUUUGUUUUUGCUCUGUCGUUAUGGGGUAUUGUGCGUAGAUUGAAAAAAAACAAUAAUCCAUUUUAGAAUAAGGCUGUAACCUAACACAUUUUGAAAAAUCAAGGGGUCUGAAUACUUUCCGAAUGCACUGUAUCAAAGGUUUGACUAAUGCCAUUGAGUCUUGAGGGCCAAUUCAAUUUGGCAUGUUUUUUUAUUUUUGCCUAUAAAGCCCUCUGCCAUGUAUUGCCUCCAACUGAUGUGAUGGCUGAUGAAAGUUGAAUGAGGAGGAGAUGAUUUAAGAAGCUUUGGUGUACUAAUGUGAGGCCCUGUCUGUCCAACCCCCCCCCCCCCCCCCCCCCCCCCAGCUCUCAGCACUGUGUCCUGCUCCCAGCCCUGUGGAGCACAGAGGUACAGGAAUGGGAGAUCAAGUGCAUGAACAGCCUGGUGUUGGAGGAGACUGAGGGACACCACCCAGGUAACACCACACACACACAUUGUUGUAGUGGUACAAUUAAAUUACUCUACUGGACUUCACCCUGCGUUCUGUGUUUGACCAAUGUCAAGCCCUAAUGCUGUAAUGGGAGAAGUGGGUGGGAAACUAAAGGUUAAGUGGCAAGGUCUGACAGAGUAACCUGAGAUAGUCUUCCACUCUGCUGCACAGUCCCCAGUGGCCAGGCCUUAUCUGGUGGUCUAUGAUAGUCAUUGAUUUGGUUGGGUGAGUCUGUAAAACGCUUGUUAAUCCUGACUAAAUGUCAGCGCUGUUUUACCUGGACCCUGGGAAUGAUUCACAAAGCUCACUGUAAAGUAUGCGCUUUGUGUUGCUAAUUUUGUCAAGACCGAUGACAAAAGGCAAAACGGACGAUUCUCUGUGUCCUUGUUUAUCUUCAAACUGAGACUGUGGGCUCUUUUCUUUCUACCCUUGCUGUUUUAUCCUUUUCGCUGUGUAGCAAAUUGGUUGAUUCACCAUUUAGAUCAUGGUGCUCACUCUUUUGGUGCUCACUCCCUUGCCACUCAGAAUUGUGUUGGUGCUUUAACCCAUGGUACUAAUGGAUGACAGUGAUUUAGCAUUCAGAGAUGAACUGGGUCAUGCCAGACCCUUUGUAUGUUUUAUGGUUAUGUGCGUGUGUGAGAUCAUCAUUCCCUCCCACAGCUACAGUGACUGUAGCCACAAUCCUGGCACAGUAAGUAUAAUACUUUCUCUGAAAGUGAAAGGGCUCCUUGAUUAGCUGCUAUGAGCUCUGUGCUGAUCUGAUCCCAUGUCUUACACAACCGCUGUCGCCAGCAUGAGCAACACGUUACAGAGCCUCCCCUCAGAUCUCCGUGCCUGCGUCUGAGUCGCGUCGCCGUGUUUGUGUCCACUCUCUCAAGGCAGACAAAAGGGGAACAUAUUUCGUUGAGAUAUUCAGUACCUGACUCGACAGGCCCCCUCCCUGUUGUGGUUUUAUCUUCACACCAGACGUGCUGGAAUGCCAUCUGACACGUGAGCACUGUCGGCUCUGACUGGGAGAGACUCCUGGAGACCCUGUCAGUGAGUCACAGUAUGGUUGCAAAAUGGCUGCCGCAGGCCCUGUUUUCAGUGUGGAUCAGUCUGGACCAGGGGCCCCACUGUAAAGCUAAUUGAAAGGCUCAGCACCGCAGCAGGUUUUACUAUGUGAAUCUCUCAUCAGGCCGUUGUGUGAGAGUCAGGAUGAGUCAUCCACACUGCCUGCUGUGUAGCUAGCUGCCCCUCUGGCCCCAGGGAGAGAGGAGCUAAAUCAAAGCCCAUCAGUAACCAGGCCUUCAGACCCAGCCUGGCCCCAGUCUUUGUGGACAUGUUUGACAACCUGCUCUAUAGGUACUAUGACAGACUGAGGCCCAGUGAACUCUAAAAAGGAUGGAACUGUUAUGGGUACACAAGGGUCUAGAUUUUUCAGAACCAGUUACAUUGGUUUUUUACUGGAAGGGUUAGUUUGUUAAUGAUUAGCAGCACUUGGCAUGUCUGUCCAUUCUAGAGUAUAGGUGGUUGGUGUUCCUCUGAGUUUUGAGCAGAUGACGAGUACAGCGCUCUUGCUUUCUGUCCUCAAUGAAGCAGUCAUCUCUACCGCUAUGAAUUAAUUACAACAUUCACUUUGUCUCCUAUCCUCACCAACCAUGCCAACACCUUUUUAUCUCCACUGAUAUCGUACAGACAUGAGAUUCUCCUCUAAAAUAACUAGUUUUGAAAUAUGCAUGAAAUGGCAGACAUCAAUAUAGACUUAAAGAAAAAUAAUUUUGGUAAUAGUGUGUUCUGGAGCUAUAAUGAGUUCUAGCUGCUACCUCCUGUGUUGGAGCAGGAUUGUACUCUGCUUGUGUGAGCUAGCUUGCUCGCUGCUCUGGCCCUCUGGUCCGGUGCUAGUGCUUUAGUCAGCACAACAGUGAUGGCACGUCUUUCUCUUUUUCUCUCACUCUUUCUCUCUCAGCAUGUUGUUCCCCUGUGCUGGUGCAAUGACUCAGCUGCUUUCUGAGGCUAAAUAAAGGGCUGCUACUGUAGCAGGAGACGAGGGCCACCUUCACCUUUAGGACUGAUCUGGACUCAGUUCUGUCUAAGCAAAGAGAACAGUUGUCCUGGAUUAUAAUAUUUGAGUGUGCAUCAUUGAGGUAUAUUUGGUAACAUGUAUGCCUUUGUGCCAAUGCUAAGUAAAUCUGUCUGCUGUGCAUUAAUCCAAGGACCAGACAAUGUGAACAUAUGUAGCUGCGGAAUUGUGAUAUUUGUAGAUACGAUUUCAAGAGGUCAGAAUAUGUUUUCCCUGCAUUACCUGUGCAAAUAAAAAAGAUGAGGCUUCUCUCGUAAGGUAAUGUCAGGGCAUGUUCUUCUAUCCAAGUAGGGUUGUGCAGGUGAAUGAAUGACCUCAGAGGACAUUUCAGAGCUUUUGCAUGACUGAGCUGAAUGUUUGUCACCUUGGAUAAAGCAAUAGCAGGGAUAUUUUUUUAUCCGUUGAGGUUUGCUCUACACAUGUAAAACGAGCUAAUUAGAAAAGCCUCUGUUUGCAUUGUACUGUUCUCUCCCUGAGCUAGUGGUGUUGUUUCUCUGUAACCCGAGGAGGCUUGCUGGUUUCAGACCACACGCCCUGAUUCAAGUCAGUGCAGUUAUCUAUAGAAAAUUCAUUUUGGGGAAAUGUAUCUCAACUGCACACUCAGCUAAUCCAUUGCCCCCUCCUCCCAUGGUCCUGCCCUGGCUCAGCAGGGUUUUGAUCCACCCCUGUUCAGUUGUGUCCUCAUCAAAGUGGUGAGGAGUUGACCUGACGAGCAGGUGUAAUUGCCUGAACACCCCUGGUCAUCCAAGAAUGGAGAAAAAAUUACUUUUAAAUGUUUUCUGGCUUUUUUGCAGUUUUCAAUGUAAUGUUUUAGGUACAACCUCUACCUCAACUGUAGUCUUUCUGAAGGGACAUAACAGUGAGAUGUGUCCCCAUGGCUGGCUCAUCUGCUUUAUUUAAAAGUCUCUCCAACUGUCCUGGGAGUCACUGUCCUUUGUGUGCACUGUAGCCUUGCAUUAGAACAUCCUGAGCAGAGCACCGUUUUCUGAAGUCAAACUGGUACAAUGCUCAAUCUGUUAGUCCAAAUGACCUCGACUAACCUGUACCCCCGCACAUUGACUCGGUACCGGUACCCUCUGUAUAUAGCCUCAUUGUCAUUUUUACUUUAUUUAGUAAAUAUUUUCUUAACUGCAUUGUUGGUUAAGAAAAUAGAGUUAAGGGCUUGGAAGUAAGCAUUUCACGGUAUUCGGCACGUGACAUAUAUAUAUAUAUAAUUUUUGUUUAGUUUGUUUUGAUCUCCAGUCACCCAUGUGGUUACCCCGAGGAGGACUGUUACAGCAGGUUUACCAGAAUGGGACAUCUUCUGAAUUGGUGCACAUGCAGGGGAACCAGCCCCAGCAGGAGGCCUCAAUGAUUAAUAGUUCCCUAAUAAUGUUUACUUAUUGAGGGGUUAAGAUGUGCAUGCAGUCUACCGUUUUAUAGAGUCAAAAUGUGAAUUUACGAUAAUGAUCAGUCCUGUAUUGUGGGCUCUGUACUGCAUUUCUGUCUCCUCAGGACGUUACAGGCAUUUUAUACAAUGCAAAGGGCAGAGAUUUGAUGCAGUGGGUAUUCUUGUGUGACUGUGUCAGACAUCUGGAGAAGGGAAAGUGUUCUUUUCAAGGCAGGGCCUGAUCCUCUUGGAGCUGUGUUGUCUCAUCAGGACCUCGGAGGGGAUGAAGCUACCUCAUAUGUCCGCCCCCAAAUCACAAAAGGUGCACUCACAUACGACAACGUGCUGUGCAGUCUUAUCAGAGUCUGAGUGAGAGGAUAAGACCUGUGUAUGUUGCAGCCUGUAAUUUCUCUCUGAGCUGGUGGUUGGAGACCUGCUUCUGUCAGUGUUUUGCCAUCAUAAAUUAUUACAUUAAAAGUCUGGUAAAGAGGUUGAAUUAUUGUCCGGGUCCUUCAGAUUGCUCAUAAUUUGUUUAGUUUUUGGUCAUAAUUAUGUGAUGACUUUAGAAUGGAGAGAAGGAUGGAUGUAAAGUAGCUUCCCCUCUUUCUUGGUCUCCACUUACUCUUCUCAGGGUCCUUGUUUGGCCUCUGCCCCCCCAGUCUGACCCUUGACCUUGCAGCAGGGUUAGAGUCCUAUUAAAACAGAGGGCAAUGUUGGUUUAUACUUGAGUGUUGAUUAGCACCCUGGGAAGUGGGCAGUUUUGGGUGUCUGAGGAGCCUUUGUAACCUGACCUCUAUGACUGAUCUUCUCAAGGGAGCUGGUAGACUGCUAUCAAGCAGAGAUGAGCAACGACUGAUUGAUAGAUGAGGAAAGCAGACUCCUAAUUGACACAAUGGUGGACUGACUGGCGUCCAUUGUCUGUAUCUCCUUGUGAUGCACCUGUUGCUCAGGGAGAUCUUUGCCUCACCAGGAGUACGAGCCAUACAGUUCAAAGUAAAAUAAAUGGGAAAGGCACAGGCCAAGUGGCUCACAUAUUGAAAUGUUGCUGUAUAGGAAUAAAAUGGCAUUGAAGAGAUUUGUAACUAAGUUUGGCACAGAAUAUUCCUUUUUGUCAUUAAAUGAAUAAUCAGAGUCCAUAGAAUGGUUGUUUCCCUAAAGGAGAUGAACUCUUGAUUUGAGCUCUGAUUCAAAUGUGAUCUCUUUCCUUAUGAGGUUUUCUUGCUGAGAGGCCUGUUGAGUUCACUGGGUUUAGGCUAGCUUACAUCAGGCGUGACCGCUCGUGCCACUUAAUAUUUGCUCAACAAACAGGCUGCCAGGAACAUAAUUAAUGUGCAGAAAACAAAUGCAUGAUGGGAAUCUAUCCUUGGGUAAUGACUUCUUUGCCUCAUAACAAACGUCAGUCUAUUAUAUGAAAGAUAUCAGGUUUUGUGUUAGAUACUGUAACAUCGGGAAACAGUAGCAGCUCCCCUCAGACACUUUUGAGAGCUUGGUGUGACAAGUAUCAACAAUGAUUGAUUGUGUGAGAAUGCAAUUUGAGGCUCUAGGGGUUUGUUAGGGCUCCAGACAGUUGACAAUAAAUCUGAGGAAUGAGUGAAUACAUGCCAUUCAUUCAUUGAUUAAUUCAUGGAGUUUGAGAAAGGUAAUCGAGACAAUGCAGUUAAGUCCCCUCACUCUUUUAGAAGAGUCUCUAACGAGGUGAUAGGCAUCUGAUAGACUGUCUUCCCGACACUGGCCCAUGUGUGGUCUGUUCACAGGUUUCUGUUGUAACGUAUUGAAAAGCAGGGGGGAUCAUCCUCAACUGCAAUUUAGGACUAGGCGUUGCAAUUACCAGUUAAUGCCUAGGUAAAGGGACUGUAUUCAUUUAUUUGAGUUUGGUCUACGUGUCACACUUUGUGAGCACCUAUCUGUGAAAUGACAAACCUGCAAGAUGGCAGCCUAUCUGGGUUUACCCUGAACUGCAUUGGCAGGUCAUCUAUGCUUUAACAACAUAUCAGUUGUUAUAGUGCAACUAUCUUUGGAUUAAUUGUAAAAUCUCACAAUGUGCAACCUGACUCACAUUCCUGAGAAUUUUAUGAAAGAGAUUCCUAUGAAAAGCUUACAGUCCUGCUGUCCAAAAGCAGGAAGCAGCCUGUUUGUAUGUGUGUUUCAGUUAUAACACUGUUUAGGUCUUGGCAUGUGGGAAACCAAAAUCCCUUGGGUUUUCCCUGGUUUUAUGGAAUUUAUCCAGAAAGGCUAUUAUACAGAUGGAAGGAUGAGCUGGGACUAUUCAAUCCCUAAUUUCUUAAUCAGUCACUGAAGCAGUUGAGAUCUCUCUCGGUCUCAAUGGAUUGCAUUACGAAAACGAAUAAGAUACAUUUUAACACGCUGUAAGUUGUGUUGACAUAACUGGCACCUUUUCUAUUGUAGGUCUACUAUAACUUGGAGUAACUGGGUUGCAAAGCAGUACAGUGAAACAGAGCUUGAUAAAUCUUCAUAUCACUAUACACCUCACUUAUUCUGUGAUGUCUUGUCUACUCGAAUUGUGUUUUUUUACAUAAGUUGACUAGGUUUAUGAAAACAAUCUUAUGAAAACAGGCAUUUUGUUACACAGGUAACUACUUAUUUAGUAUUGUUCUGCUGUGUUCCUUGGCCCCGUCCCUGGCUGUUUUGUAGCCCUUGUCCUGUUUUUCAGAGCUCCUUUUACCCUUUAUCAGGUUUCCUGCUGCUGUGGACCUCUGCCCUCUCCUCCACACCGCCACGUCACCUAUUCCCGCUAGGAGACUUCAACAGCCUGUUUGUC